AUACCCCUCAAAAUAAUAUAUUGGGCCCUCUUCUCAAAGGGUUUAAUAUGUCUCUUCUCAUUUUUGCAUUAUGAUUCCUCUGAUUAUUGUUUGAGUUAUGGCUUAUUCACCAUCGUAAAUAAUUGAUUUUAAACUUUAGCUUUAACUUUGAGAAAUUUUAGGUUCGGAUAAAAUACUCGAUACCAAUCUAGUUAUAAAAUAUAUUCAUAUAUGAACGUACAAUUAUUCAAAUACGAUGGCCACUGAAAAAAGAGGUUGAUUGAUAAAUCUCCUAAAGAAGAGUGUAACCAUCAAAGUCAAACCAAACUAAACGUCGGUCGUGAAAAAGGAGUAGUUUGGUCUAUCUCAUCCACCAAGGGUAUAUUAGGGAUUUCAGUAUUAAUAACCUCGAUGGUUUGAAAAGUAAGAAAGUACACGGGGUGUAUAACACAAUCAAACACUUCAUCUAUUUUUCAACACAUCCAUCUAUAAUAUGAUCCAAUCACGAGAAAAUGUCUUUAAUCAAAUGGUAAGGAUUUUUCUCUACCGGAAUUCAAUUUCAUUAAAUUGCUUUCCCCCGCAUUAUAGGAUUGGCUAAGGAUCCAACUGAUGACAAAAAGAAAAUGAUUCGUCACCUAGAACACACAUAGCAAUACAAAACCCAAAUUCAAAUUUAAUAAGCCACACAAACAAUCACGACACAAUUUAAAGCAGUUUAGUUUUCAAACAUUCCACAAACUUAACAACAAAAGAAUAAAUAAUAUUCAUCAUUCUAGUCCAAGAUACAAAUAUUUACAAACGAUGCGUUGGAAUUGGUUUUAUUGUGCCCUUGGUUCGAUUCUCGUUGGAAGGGCAUCAUAUGUUUAUUCCCGUUACCAACUGCUGCGCCUGGUCCAGGAUAAGGCUUGGAUCACCUCUCGGUUAUUUAAACAAAAAAAAAAUACAAAGAUUUUCUACAAUCUCAAUUACAUUGGUCUUCUCCUUCUUCUUUGAAAAGUCAAGAGUCACAAAGAGUUGGAAAUUUUUUAGAACAUGUUUUGGCUGAAAAGACACAAGUGGUCGGAUCUGUCCAAAAAGUAAUUGUGACGGUCACAAGAGGCAAACACAAAAAGGAAACCGAUUUGAAGUAAAUAUUAUAAUUAAGACAGUCUUAUUAAUCUCUCUGCUACUCUCUGUUUCAACCCUAGUUGUCGUCUUCCUCCUACUAUCAAACACCAUUGAAUGUGAGACUGAGAGCCAAAACAAAAGCAGAGCUUUCCAACCCCUAAAAUAAUCCAACUCCUGAGGUUUUAAUCAAGUUCUCUCUCCUUCCACCGUCUGAAACUCGUCAGAAAGUUUGUAACAACGCGAAGGGGGGCGAGUGUUCUUAUCUCUUCUUCUCGGGUCUUACAGAUGCACCUGUCAGGUCUCUGAGAUUUGUCUCUUUUUUUUUGGCAAUAUUUUUUUUAUGUUUCUCAGAUCCAUCAACCUCAUCCACACACACACACACACACAAUAGUUUUGAUCUUUAAUACUUUGUCUUGUUGUGUAAAAUUCAAGCCAUGAGAGGCUUCUUCUUCUUCUUGUUCAUCAUAACAUGUCUAGCUUUCUUCCUUAAUCCUCUACACGCCGGUGUACCGUACAAUGGAAGCAUCGCUCCAGGGUUUGCAGGAUCUCAGAUGAAUUACAUCAACAACGGCGGUAUCUUCCUCGAAUCCGUCAACAAAGACUUUGGUUUCGGUUUCAUAACCACACCAGAUGUCACUCUCUUCACACUCAGCAUCAUCCACAAAAGCAGCUCGAGACUGAUCUGGUCGGCGAACAGAGCUUCCCCUGUUGAGAACUCCGACAAGCUUCAGUUCCAAGACAACGGGAACGUGGUGCUGCGUAGAGAAGAACAAGGAGGAGGAGGAGCCGAGGUUUGGAGGUUGGAUAAUUCAGGCAAAAACGCUUCAAGAAUCGAGCUCCGUGACUCCGGGAACCUCGUUGUUGUUUCCGGUGACGGAGCUUCGAUCUGGGAGAGUUUUGAUCAUCCUACUGAUACGCUUAUCACGAAUCAAGUCUUUAAAGAAGGCAUGAAGCUCACUAGCAAUGCUUCUUCUGCAAGCAACAUGACUUAUGUUCUUGAGAUCAAGUCAGGAGAUAUGUUUUUGUCUGUGAACAGCUUGACACCUCAAGUGUAUUGGUCCAUGGGAAGUGAUAGCGGGAGUAUCACUGAAAACGUUGGUGUAGUGACUUCAUCGUCUCUACUCAAUAAUUCGUGGAGGUUCUUUGAUGAUAAACAAGAUUUGUUAUGGCAGUUUUUGAUUCCAGGCAAUAGAGAUGAUAACGCCACUUGGAUCGCUGUUUUAGGAAACAACGGUGUGAUCACCUUUACAAGUCUUGGAAGUGGUGUGUCUGCGGCUGAUUCUCCCAUUAAAAUCCCAAGCGAGCAGUGUGCGACCCCCGAGCCUUGUGACCCUUACUUCGUCUGCUCUGGUAGCAAAGUGUGUGGAUGUGUGUCCGGUUUGCCACGGACUCGGGAUUGCAAAACCGGGAUUACUUCUCCUUGUAAGAAGACCGAGAACAAUGCAACGUUGUCUGUGAAACUUGUAAAUGCUAGGGACAAGGUUGACUAUUUCGCUCUAGGGUUUGCUUCUCCCUUCUCCAAGAAUACUAGUCUUGAUAGCUGUAAAGAGUUCUGCAACAGCAACUGCUCGUGCCUCGGUCUUUUCUUUCAGAACAGUUCUGGUAACUGCUUCUUGUUUGAUUGGAUUGGUAGCUUUAAAGCCUCUAAAAAUGGAGAUUCUGGUUUUGUGUCUUACAUCAAGGUGGCAACUAAUGGUGACAGAGGUGGAGAUAAGGGAGAAGAUGAUGGGAAACGUUUUCCAUAUAUAGUGAUUAUUGUCUUGGUGACUAUUUUUAUCAUCAGUGUUUUGAUCUUUGUGGCGUUUCGGAUUCUUAGGAGAAAGAAAACUGUUUUGGAUGAUGAUCAAGAUCAAGAACAGAGUUCAGAUGAGGAUAACUUCUUGGAUAAUCUAUCCGGGAUGCCUAUUAGGUUUACUUAUAAAGAUCUUCAGUCAGCGACGAAUAACUUCUCUGUCAAGUUAGGUCAAGGAGGGUUUGGAUCGGUCUAUGAAGGAUCUUUACCUGAUGGUUCUCGAUUAGCCGUUAAGAAGCUUGAAGGAAUAGGCCAAGGCAAGAAAGAGUUCAGAGCCGAGGUUAGUAUCAUCGGAAGCAUUCAUCAUCUACAUUUGGUGCGGCUCAGGGGUUUUUGCGCCGAAGGGACUCAUAGGCUUCUAGCUUAUGAGUUCCUCGCUAAAGGUUCCUUAGAGAGAUGGAUAUUUAGUAGAAGAGAUGAAGAUAUACUGUUGGAUUGGGACACAAGGUUCAACAUCGCGGUUGGAACAGCUAAGGGUUUAGCUUAUCUACAUGAAGAUUGCGACGCAAGAAUCAUCCAUUGUGAUAUUAAACCUGAGAACAUCCUCUUAGAUGAUAACUUCAACGCCAAGGUAUCUGAUUUUGGACUAGCUAAGCUCAUGACACGCGAACAGAGCCAUGUUUUCACAACUAUGCGUGGGACAAGAGGGUACUUGGCUCCUGAAUGGAUCACAAACUACGCGAUCUCGGAGAAGAGCGAUGUUUACAGCUACGGGAUGGUGUUGCUGGAGCUGAUAGGAGGGAGAAAGAACUAUGAUCCAUCAGAGUCAUCAGAGAAGUGUCACUUCCCUUCUUAUGCUUUUAAGAUGAUGGAAGAAGGGAAGCUUUUGGAGAUUGUUGAUGGGAAGAUGAAGAACGUUGAUGUGGAUGAUGAGAGAGUUCAAAGGGCGAUGAAGACUGCGCUUUGGUGUAUACAAGAAGAUAUGCAUUUGAGACCGUCGAUGAGUAAAGUUGUUCAGAUGCUUGAAGGAGUUUUUUCUGUGGUUCAGCCUCCAUCUUCUUCCACUUUGGGCUCGAGGCUUUACUCUAGUUUCUUUAAGUCAAUUAGCGAGGAAGGUGGUGGUACGUCAUCUGGACCGUCGGAUUGUAACAGUGAGAACUAUAUCUCCGCCGUGAGACUCUCUGGUCCGAGAUAGGUUAGUAUGUUAAAUAGGUUUUUUUGGCUCACCAUAUGGUGUUGUAUAUUGUGUUUGUGUUUAAAUUAAGAGAAUAGUAUUCUCUCGGUUUUGUAAUGUUCCAAGUUCUACAUAAACUUCACCAGUGGCUAUAUAAAACUAGUCAUUCUGGGGCAAAUGGAAAAAAUGUCAUGAUGAUUCUAAUUUUAUCUACAUGAAGAAUGCAAUGAGAUACCAGUUAUGUGUUUUA